AUGUAUUACUCCUGUUCAACAGAUCCUUUGAUUGUAGAUGACCCUGAAUAUGAAAAGGAAAAUUUAGUUGCAUAUGCAAGAGCGAGAGUCUUCUCGCUUCGACCGGAAUCACAUUUUCUGAGGUUUUCGUGUAAAUUAAGUCUUUGCCUACGUCAAAAUGAUGGAUGUUUAGGACUAACUCCACCUUCCUGUCCCCCAACAAAUGCCAGUCGUAUACCCUCCCACCAUCACCCUUCAGAAAAAGCGCCUGCAGCUUUAAGUCAACAUUUGCUCUCUCCCCAACUUACAGUUAAUUCUGGCAGUUCAACAGCCACAACUUCGUCUACUCCUCCUCGUCUGCCUUUCCAUGGUUCUGCUGCUUCUUUUGGAGGAACUGGUAAAUCAUCACUUGUUGAUUCUGCGUGGACUAUUGGACUUGUUUUGGGUGUGUCUGUAUUGCUUGGUCUAUUUUUUGGAUUGGCUACAUUUUUGAUCCAGUCUCAUCAUAGGAGAAAUCGGCAAAAGAGACUCGUUCAAUGGGUACUUGCUCGUCCCCCCUCUUCCUCUUCUGGAUCAGCUACAAGCAGCCAAGAAGUGGGAUAUAUUGGAAGAAGGGGAAUUAGUAUGGAAGCAAUCCAACUACAUUCUGAUGAUUAUUCACCUACAGAAGCUGCAACAAUUACAAAUAAUAAAUUGUGUUCUCCUUCAAGUUCAGAGUCUGGGCGUAGUAAUAAAAGUAAUAGGGAAAAUAAUACAAAUUAA